UUAAGGAGAGCGUCCGGUGAUGAUUCAGCUGCUGGUUUCCGUCGCGACGCUGCAAAGGGCUUGCAUGCCAGCCACUUGCGCUCUGGCUGGCGGUGGACAGACCAGCUUUUUAGGCGCUUUAGCCUCGGCACCGCCAGAAGGAGAGCACCGCCGGCUCCACCGACGCAGCGCAGGUCAGCCGAGGCCGGCUGGCGGUGGCAGCUGCUACCCGCUACCUGGCCGCGCACGGGACUUUGUGUGACGCAGCAGGUACCGCACUAACCUCCGCUACCCGAUCUACAUCGCAGGCCAACAUCUGAUCUCCUCUAGCAGGGAUCCGCCGUCUAAUUCCGGAGAUGAAGAGCUGUUUCGAGAAACAGGCGAUAUGCAUCGUGCAGCCAUUCAUUUUAAAGCGCCUCCGCGUGACGGCAUCGCAUGUUUGAAUCGGAGUCCUUGGACGGUGUGUGUUGAGUAUCACCAUGCGGGGAACGAGGCAACAAUGCGGCAUGUGAAUUGCUUGCUCUGGAUAAUACAACCAACUUGAUCCUAGGUAGGGAGUUCUUCAUCUUAAUACGAGCUUGCCGAGAUUAUCGUACAGUAUGAAUGUGAAUCUUCAAUGUUAUAUUCGUAAACUUCAUAGUAUCAUCAGCCCGCCUCUGUACAUAUCCC